AUGUGGAAAUGUGCAGCCUGGGGUUGGGCCGGAGCGACGCAGGAGAACGAAGCCGCGGAUGAAGAGGAAGAGCACGAGCCCGUCCCCGAGCAGGCAGGGGAGAACCCGGACGUGCUGGAAGGAGCCGAAGAGGGAGGAUCCGAGCCGACCCAUGAGCCUGCCGACUCAUAUGAGGAGGCGGAGGAGGAAGAGGGGGGGGCUAGGCGGGAGUCACGGCGGGACGACCCCGACCGUCAGGAAGGAUGUCGCGCAAGCGAUGCACAGCAGCAGGAGCAGCUGAGCCAGGCAGACGACAUGCGCGAACUGCAGGUGCGGGAUCUCGCGGGGGAGAAGAGGCCGAGCGCUCACAGACGUCAGACGGGCAACGCCGCCGAACAGAGCAGCGCGGCGUACGGCAGGAGGGGGAAGGGCGCAGGACCGAUUGGCAGACGACGCGCGGAGGAAGGCGGCGCGAGGAAUCCCGCUCGCCAGAGCCGCAAGGACAGCAACGGGGAGAGUCGCGCUCUCCGCGCCAGCAGAGACGGUGGGACAAGCGGCCCAGCGAGGAGUCUCACUCGCCCGUUCGAGGCCACGGGCGUGAAGGAAGGCUGGGCGAAGCGAGGUUCUCACAGGACGGCCAUCGGUGGCACGGAAGGGGCGGAGAGGGAUGGUCGCCAUCGCCGGCGAGGCGCCAAGCGUACGGGACGCGGGGAGAAGGAGGAGAGAGGAGCCGACGCUCGCCGGCAACGGUAG